AGUCAAACGAGAAAGAGGAAGAAGAACAGGACAUUAUUGAGAUCGCACAGAUAGCCGAAUGGGGUGCUUCGCUUGCUUCGACGGAGGAGCCAAACAACAGAGAAAGGAAGAAGAGAGAAUAGCCUCAGCAGAAGCUCGAGCCAAGGCUGCAGAUGCCGCACAGAGACGGCAAGAAGAAUUUGAAAAAUCUGCUGCAGGAAGGGCUGCCCGUGCCCAACUACAGGGGAUGGCAAAGCAAUCUACAAAUGCUAACAAAGGAGAACCAGUUCUAAAGUGGCGGAUGAGCUGAGAUUAACCUUUCCUCGUAUGAUUAACCAUGACUGAUCACUAAUCAAGAUUGGUUCAUAUUCUGUGCAUUACCUCAGAGCAGAUGCAGCAUUUGGUUGAAGUUUACAACAUUUUCAAUAAUGGUGUAUGGAUUAUAUGGAGUAUAGAAAAUAAAGCUGUAAAUUGUUGUCCUUAAUGAGUUAUGUCUAUGCUUAUUCUGCAGAAUCCCGGACAGCCUUAUUAUCCCCUCUAUUUGUGAUCUCUUAGCAGCAAGUAGUGAUUUCUCUUUUUUUUUUUUUUUCUCUUUAAAUAUUUAGUUUCUUUCAUGUUACAGACAAUUGUAAAAUGUUUAUAUAUGAGAAAGCUCAUUUAUGGGA